AAAAUUAAAAAAUUUAAAAAUUAAAAUUACUAAUUUCAGAUGCGUGGAAGUUUAACAGUUACGCGAUAAAGUGAAGUAUAUAUUUUCUUUGUACGUAUCAAACUAUUUUACUUUGUUGAACAGUGUUCUUCGGUGCAUUGCUAAUUGUUUAGAGUGUAAAUAUGUUUUUCAAAGCAAUGUGCGCUCUUAAUCAGAUAUAAACAUAUAUAUAUAUGUAUUGUAUGGAAAAUAUUUAGUUUGCGGCGUUUUGCUUAAAAUGCGCUGGAGUAGUGAUUCGCCGACCAGCAACGAUGGCAGCAGCACAGAAAGCGCGUCAUAUUUUAAAACUUUCUACACAGGAGCAAAAGGCUUUUGUCGACUCUUUUGAUGUGGUGAUGUGUGAUUGUGAUGGCGUGAUGUGGAUGAUCACUACUCCACUACCUAGAACUGGUGACGCUGUGAAUUCACUAAAGGCGGACGGUAAGCAGGUGCUGUUUGUGACAAAUAAUAGCAUGCUAUCGGAUGAGGAAUAUGUAAACAAAUUUACUGGAAUCGGCGUAAAGAAUUUUCAAAAGGAUGAUCUUAUACAACCAGCCAAGUCUAUGUUAUACUAUUUGAAAAAGUACAACAUCAAGCAGCCGGUAUUUUCAUUGUGCAGCGACCCCGCCAAUGAAAUAAUUCGCAAUGGGGGCAUAGAAGUGAUCACACUGGACACACCACCCAAAAUCGCAGUUGACAAACUGCCAGAAGUGACACAACCGAAACGAAAUGUUGGCGCAGUCUUAUACGAUAUUAAUAUUAACUUGAAUUAUGCGCAAAUAUGCGCAGCUACCCGUUAUUUACAGGAUAAAGAUUGUGUCUUCAUUACCGGCGGUACAGACUGGCUGUUGCCGGUGACAGCAGAUUUAAUAGUGCCAGGAUUUUGUGACACUCUCGAAACAAUCAAGAGGUUUACGCACAAAGACGCUAUAAUAGUCAGCAAACCGGCGGCGUUAUUGGGCGACAUAGUCAAGGACAUCUACAACUUGAAAGAUCCAAAACGUUGCCUCUUUGUUGGCGAUUCAUUGACACUCGACAUACGCUUCAGCUUAAAUGUUGGCUUUCAGUCGUUGCUCGUGCUGACUGGUACUACUCCAAAACAGGAAAUGCUGGACGCCAGCAUUGACCGGCAGCCUGAUUAUUACGCGGACGGCAUUGCUGAUUUCAUUAAAUUGUAUGAAAACAUCAAUGGGGCUUAAAAUGGGCAUACAGGGUGGUCCAUAUGAUGGUCAAAAUCAAAUCAAAAAAAAAAUAUAUAUAUAUAUUUUUCCUUUAAUCGGAAGAGCAAACAUUUCCAUUAUUUAUGGAACACGAUUUCACUCAUGUGGCUGCCUCAGCUGGUUUCACAAUAGCACAUCCCGUUAAUUCAGUUUUCAAUGACCUUGGUGAUGGUUUCUGGCCCUAUCUCACAAAUGACUUGCUUCAUAUUCGUCUUAAUCAUUAUUGGAUUGUGC